CCACCCCUGGAUAGGAAGGACCCCCAGAGGCGAGCGCUCGCGGGAGACUCCGGCCCGGAGAGAAGGCGCGGGAGCCGGGCCGCUGCGGCCGGGGAGCCCUGCGCCCGACGGGAGCCCUGCGCCAGCAUGCCCCCGGCGCGCGGGCCGCGGCACAGCAUACGGGCUGGCCCUGCCCCGCCUGCUGCCCCGGCUAAACUCCGCGAGCCUCCCGGAUCUUCACCUCGCCUCCCAUCUGCCUCAAAGUCAGGACCCGCGGAACUUAAUCUGGUACAGCCAGUGUCAUCGUUGGCCACCCUCUGGACACAGUCAAGACUCGCCUGCAGGCCGGUGCCAACAACGGGAGCACCCUGAGCUGUGUCCGCGCCCUGUACAGGAGGGAGAGUGUGUUCGGCUUCUUCAAAGGCAUGUCCUUCCCCCUCGCCAGCAUUGCUAUCUACAACUCAGUGGUGUUCGGGGUCUUCAGUAACACGCAGAGGUUCCUGAGCCAGCACCACGGCAGGGAGCCCGAGGCCAGCCCCCGUCGCACCCUGCCUGACCUGCUCCUGGCCAGCAUGGUGGCCGGCGUGGUGUCUGUGGGGCUGGGUGCGCCCAUGGACCUUAUCAAGAUCCGCUUACAGAUGCAAACACAGCCAUUCCGGGCAGCCAACCUCAGUUUAAAGCCCAGGGUGGCGACUCACGGGGAGCAGCCAGCCUAUCAGGGGCCUGUGCAUUGCAUUGCGACCAUCGUACGCACUGACGGCCUGGUGGGACUGUACCGGGGCACCAGCGCCAUGCUGCUGAGGGACGUCCCAGGCUACUGCCUCUACUUCAUCCCCUAUGUGUUCCUGAGCGAGUGGAUCACCCAGGAGGCCUGUGCCGGCCCCAGCCCCUGCGCCGUGUGGCUGGCGGGCGGCAUGGCAGGAGCAAUUUCUUGGGGAACAGCUACACCUAUGGAUGUCGUGAAAAGUCGGCUCCAAGCUGAUGGGGUUCAUUUAAACAAAUACAAAGGUGUCCUGGACUGUAUCUAUCAGAGUUACCAGAAUGAAGGACUUAAAGGCUGGAGUCAGCCGAGCAGGGCCUCCGUCUGCGGGCCACAGGUUGCUGCUGAAGGCAGCUUCUCCAGAUGCCGCCGUAGUGAGAGUCCCGGAGAGAGAAGGCCUCCCGCCGCCCCGGCUGUGCGCCUCGGGGGCCCUCAGCCCUUCGGCUGGGCCCGGAAUCCCUCCUCCCCGAGCUGCCCGGGCUCUGCUCCUGAGCUGGCCGCUCAGCCGCCGCGCUGGAAGGACGCAGCGGAUCACCAUCCGUUUCAGAUCUGCACCGGCACCUGGUGAAACAGCGUGAAACAGCCCCUGCCCCUGCCCCUGCCCACUGCAAAUUCGCCGGGAGGUCCCGGAGGGGCUGGGGUUGCCUCCAAAGUUUCCAAAUAAAAACAUCCAAAACCGCUUCA